AUGAAGAGUGACGACUCCCGUCCGCGAGGUGAAAGGGAGGUGCUGAUCAACCCGGGUCCAGACUUCGAGCUCAAAGUGGUUGAGGGUCGCACAGCCGGAGUCUUUAUCGCCCCGGAGCUUGACAAGAUCGAGCAAGUCCCGCCUGGCGAAGAUCCGAAGAUUUCGCGAGCGAAGAUGCCCCGACGUCUGCCGCUUUUCGAGAAGCAGCAGCAGAAGGUCCUGGCUGGGAAGAAGAAGAAGGACGACAUGCUGCCUUCGCUAAGGCAACUUGCAGAUAGCCAGACAGGCGAAGCAUCUGCCAACAUCGCAGACUUUGCGCAGGCAGAGGAGAAGGAUCGAGCAAGGGAAGUGGAUCAGCUCAAGGCAGAGAUGGACGAGCAGUACGAGGACAUCAUGCUCAGGGUGAAGAAGAGGUUCUUGGAGAAAGGACUUCAUCCCGAUCUUAUCGGUGCCGCGACGAACACGGAGCCCUACCAGAGAAAGUUUCCGCGCCGCAACCUCGUCAACAAAGCGGAGGACGCUGGCUCAGAUGGUGAAACGGAGGGCGAAUCCAAGAAGCUCCUCGGCAAGGUGGCGAACGAGGCGCUGGACAAGAUGGAGAAGAAGAAGCAGGAGCUCGAGAAGCUCGAGGCUCUGCUGGACCGUUGCCGUCGUGACGCCAUGGGAGAGCGCAGACCCCCAAAACAUGUGCUAAGCGCCGGAGGACACAUCCUGGUCUGUUUCGUGAGUGACACGGAAGUGAGCAGCAUCGCAGUCGGAAGCUCCAAACUGACCGGUGCGCCUGUUGGAAUCCACAUGUUCAUGAAGGCACUCAGAGACGACCGGUUGGAGCUGAACCAGGGCAGCCAACCCACCGUCGUGUUCAUGGGAGAGCUUCAGCCCUCAGACUGGCACGAGAUCUGCCACAUGGAAAGGGUUUAUUUCAUCUCUGGCUCGGCCCUCCGUGCGGAGGACUUGAUCAAAGCCGGGAUUGAGACUUGCAGCGCUGUCGUCAUCGCCAGGACCCACCCGGGAGCUAUCGGGAAGGUCAAGAAAACUGCGGAUGCACGAGUUGUGCUCGCAGCAACUCUGGCGUCACACCUGCUGCCCUUCGAGAAGGUAAUUCCUAUUACAACGGACCACGCCUAUCCCGGAAGCUGUGAACUCCUGCCGCCCGAGAGAGUUUUCAUCGAGGAAGAGCCUCUGCUCAGUACGGCCGUGGUAGGCCCGCCUCCCGAGCUUCCUCAAGCGCUGACGGCAUUCAUGAAGGGCGCCAAGGCUCUUGCUCGUUCGAUGGGUCUGGAUGGCAAGCCGCCGCCUGUCAUCGAUGUUGAGAGCCUGGAUGGGGGCAACUCCACCGAGAGGUACGAGGACAUGGAAGUCCAUGACAUCAAGUAUCAUCCCAGAUACCUUCGCGGCCAGGUGUUCUACGCAUCGACGGUCACUUCCAUGGUUGCCAGUUCGAUGUACAACCCGAACUUGAUCAACAUGGUGGAUGCACUGAUCGAG